AGAAGAGUUCUACAGUACCCAUCCUCAUUUCAUGACCCAGAGGGCUUUAUAUCUUGCUGUUUAUGAUCUCAGCAAAGGACAAGCAGAGGUGGAUGCUAUGAAGCCAUGGCUUUUUAACAUCAAGGCUCGAGCAUCAACAUCCCCUGUCAUCCUUGUUGGCACUCAUUUGGAUGUUUCUGAUGAAAUACAACGUAAGGCCUGCAUGAGUAAAAUUACUAGAGAGCUGUUGAACAAGCGAGGCUUCCCAGCAAUCCAGGAUUACCACUUUGUCAAUGCUACGGAGGAAUCUGAUUCCAUUAUCAGACUUCGGAAAAUCAUCAUAAAGGAGAGUCUUCACUUCAAG